UACGAUACAGACAAGACAGGUAAAAUGGCCAAAUUGUUAUUAUCGCUUGUAAGAAGAGCUACAAUAUGUGAUUUACAAUACUAUUUAAGAGGACUUAAUCCAGGAUGUUACCAAAUACAAACACAUAAAUGUAUUGCGUCAUUCAAUUUGAAGUUUCUGUCAACCCAUUCAAGGCCGUACAGCACUGGCCCCGAGAAGUCACAAGGAAAAUCACUACAGCAACGAACACAAUCAGAUGUUAGUGAAGAUGUGCGACCCAUUACCUUCAAAACUGUUAAAGAAACAACGAAAACAGCAUCAUACUUAGGAGUGAUUUUACUAGGUGUUGGUGUGACUGGUAUAAUAUUUUACACAGUGUUAGGCGAACUAUUUUCCAGUAAAAGUCCCAACAACGUUUACUCCAAGGCUCUGGAGAGGGUGUGUAGUGACACGAGGGUCAUGGACGCUUUGGGAGAACCCAUCAGUGGGUACGGAGAGGAGAACCGCAGAGGAAGGCGUCAGCAUGUCAGCCAUCUUCUAUAUGAGAAAAAUGGAGAGAAACGUUUACGGAUGAAGUUUUACAUUAGUGGCACAAGGAAACGUGCAACAGUUCAUUUGGAAAUGAGGGAGGAUGAAUCUGGAAACUAUACGUACAGGUACUUAUUUGUGGAAUUGGAUGACUUUGGCCGCCACCCGAUUAUAUUUGAGGACAACCGAAACACUCAGACGUCUCCAGUGAAAAAAGCAGCGGAGGAGAUGGAUCUCUCAGCACCUCUUAACAUGAACCUUAACUUCCCUGAUGCAGGUCUUAAAUAAAAGUAUUUUAUCAAUUUUGUGCAAUAUAGUCAAGAUAGUACAAUAUUGUGUUUAAGUACAGGUUAGGAUCUUGUUUUUUUAUGAAUGUUGUGAAUUUUUUAAUCUAAAUUUAUCUUAGUUUACUUGUAUCUGUAUUUUAGUAAUUGGCUAAUAAAUAUUUUAAAGUUGUUUGUUAGCAUUGACUGUAGCAUUUUUGUGUUUUGUAGACACAUUCUAUAAGUCAACCACAUUAUAGAAAACAGUGAAAAUCCCAAUCAAAAACAUUUGUCAGUACUGUAUAUUUUUAUUAUAUUUUAUGGGUCAUUUGUAAAUCUUAUAAAAAGGAACUUUCAAAUUAACAACUAGAGUUUGCUUAUGCUGUAGCCCUUUUUGCUGAAAGACAUAUUUUAGGUGGCACAAUAUCUUGGUAUGUUUUAUAGACAUGGAACUGUGAGACUGACUAGUGCCAUGAAAGUUUAACUUCAGGAUUGAGAAACUGGUUUAUUUGUUUGUCUUUUUUUGUAUAGAUAGCAGAAUACUGAUGUAAAUAUUAUACCUUAAUCAUAAGGACUUUGUUUUUAAUAAAGUGUUUCAGAAUU